CACCACAGAACUUUCGACCUGGAAUUUCUUUCACAACGAAAGAUGAUAAAUAAUACACGCGCAGAUUACGUACUUAGUUGAACAUGAAAGACUCGUAUGAGAAUGAAUGAAAUUAGUUUGUCUUCUCUCUUGUUAUAACUCUCUUCCGGUGGUAUACGUACUCGUUUUUAGGUAUUAUAUGUUUUAAUUUUCAGAUGUAUUAGCUAAAAUAGGGUCUACCUUGGCAUAUACCAGAACACAUUUCUCGUGCAAGAAUGGAGUAUUUUCUAAAACGUUAAUGAAUCGGGAAGGUGAUAUCAUUUCUUUGAAAUCCUUCACAGGCCUGGUUUAAUCUCAAUGAUAUUCAUUGGUAUACGAAGCAAAAAAUGGAAACCAGCUACUUCGCGGCCUGCAGAUAACGGGCGGAGUAGUUGAAUGGUCUAGAUUAAUUGUAAAUUGUUUCCAAGAUUAAAGCAUAAUAUUCAUAAUAUUUAUGAAUGCCGUUAUACGUACCCUAUAUUUCGUUCAGUUCCUUCAGUAUACGAUGAUCUUUUUGUACAGAAAAGAAAGCUUUGACCAUGGAUAUAUGUUAUAAAAAGGGCCAAAAAAAAAGAAAAAAGAAAAAGAAAAAGAAAAAAGAAAGUCUCGAGUAGGUACUCGAGAUGCAGGCAUUACUGUGGUGGUGGAUGUGAUAGGGUGUCAUGUUGGAAGAUAUUUCAUAUGGGAAGUUAUUGGUGUGGCUCAAAAUGUCUCAGUCGACGAACAGGAAAAGAAACAGACAGCUUUUACUGGAAAGCUGUUAAUCUUAUCAAUUCGUACAGUCUUACUUUACGCACAUAUUCUUCGGGUAGAAGCUGCAAUCUAACGUUGCAGAAGGCUAACUUGAGAUUCAAUGGAUCAGAAGCUUCUUAACCAAUAUGACAGGGAAUGCAUGAGAAUGGCCAUGAUAAAACAUGAAGAAACAUUCAAGGAGCAGGUAAGUGAACUUCAUCGUCUAUAUCGGAUCCAGAAGAUGUUAAUGAAAAACAUUAGGAGCAACAGGCCUAAUAUUGGAAGGAGCCAAGAGCUAUCGAAUUUGAGGAAUGAACUUGGUUUCAUUCAGAAUAGUAAUGAUCAUCAUCAGCGUGAUGCAGAACACAAACCACAAAGCUGGAAACUUGAUCUGGAACAGCCUGCCGAGGACUAUAUUGCAGAACCAGAUGAUGGUGAGGGAGUGCUAGAGCUUAUAGAGGAGAGUGAGAUUGAGCUGACUCUGGGCCCAUCAAAUUACAACAGAUGGAAGAAACCCGAGACUCCAUUAACCUCAGAUUCAGGACCAAGCUUUUCUUCUUCUUCAACUGGAUCCAGUCAGAUAAAUAGAACAAGUUCUUGGAUCCAUCAGAUGGCAAGAGACCAGUUAAAUGGCUAUGAACUGGGGCUUGUCAAGGUGCCCGACAUGACAUCUGGGUACCAUAGCAGAAGCAAAAACAAUAUUGAUGUCGAAGAACAACAACUAAGACAAGAGAGGCUAAACCAGGCUCCUUGGCUUUUCCAAGUCUUGAGUUUGAACAUGACUUGAAAAAAUCUACCAAGUUGAGGUGAUCGAGUUUAAGGAUUAAACUUCUUGGCAAGCGACUAAUUCUAUGACUAAUGUUUGUGUGGAAUUUUCUGCUUAGUUUUUGGCAUAAUGCAUGUGUACUGAUGGAGUCUCUUUGUGUAAA